AUGCUUUUCCCUGCCGGGAGUUCAGCAUCAGAUGAUUCGAUUUUGGAGGACAUUUUCAGAGAUGUCGCCGGACUUGACACCAUUGAUUUCGGUCAAUGUGGGGACGUGCUGAAGUUCCUUGCCGAGCCAACCCCUGAACAAGAGUAUGCGGAGUUUUCUGAUGUUCAUUAUGGGGUAUACUCGACAGUAGGGCACACUAUCGAAGAGAAUCACGCAGUACUGGGAAGGCCAAGGUUGAGUUACUUCGAGGACGAACGCAUCCUUCUCGUCGAAAAAUUCAGCAGCAUGCACGAAGCUCCAUUCUGUCACUUGGAAUCGAUAUUUUCUAGCUUUUUGUACAGCUCCUAUCUCAGGGAUUACUCUGUGUGUACCUCGGUAUCCAGGGUUUUUGAGCUGAUGUCUGCUUCUGCCGUUCCAGACUUGUUGAUUAAGAUGGAUGUGAGAUCCAAGGGUAAUUGGAUUCAUGAGGUCCUUGUCAUCGGGGAAUGUGCAUUUGCCCAAGACACAGAUUCAGUUCUUCGGAAAAUCAAAUAUGAAAUCUCCGGCCAUCCAGAGGUCUUGAUGGUCAUAAUGGUUGAGAUUGAUGAACAUCAACCAUAUCGCUCACCUGGACGUAUGUCUGAAGCAUGGCAGAUGUUACGCAAGGAGACAUCGACUCUUUCACGCUCUUCAUUCAAUUCGUUUCGAGGCGCUGCAGCGCAAUCUCUUGAGAACCCCAUCGUAUUCGCAGGCCAUACAUGGUGUCACCUUGCAUCCGUUCAAUUCCACGUCUGGGUCCGGGGGGACGAACCGAUCAACGUCGAUGUUGACAAUGAAUUGCUGGCACGUGGUACCUUGUUUCCGAACCAAGAUAUGGGUGCAGUCGACACCAUGAUCAAGAAGGGCAUGGUGAUGAUGCGGGACCAUCUUGCAGCUGUCUGCCAGAAGUCGACGACACCGCCUAUGAUCGGUACCGCUCGUGGUGUGAUUUGUCCCCCUGAAGCACCUCUGCCCUCGAUCACCAGGCGCGCUCGCAACCAGGCAAGUCUUGAAAGCGAGGAGCCUCAUACAUCCUCGUCGCGCACUAGUGUCAACAUCACAAUGUAA